AUGUCUAGUUCUCAUAGUUCUCACCCAGAAGACGAAGAAACAGCUGGUUUAUUAUCUGGGUCUGGACCGGAAAGAAAAAAUGCGAGAAAUAAAUUAUUAGCAAUAAUCCUUGGAGCAAUUACUAUUUCUUUAAUCGUAAUAGGAUUAACUGCAAUUUGGGCAGACCCAAAUGGAUUUGGACCAACAUCGGAAACAUUUGCACGAGAAUAUUAUCAAUAUGUUAAUGAUUUAAAAUAUGAUUAUAUGACACCGUUAGAUGAAAUUUUAGUAGGAAGUUCCAGAACGAGAUCAUCGGAUAGUUUAAUUACAGAUUCAGCAGCUGGAGCUACAGCAUUUUCAUGUGGUAUAAAGACAUAUAAUGGAGCAAUCGGAGUGGAUCCCAAUAAAUCACCAUGUGGAACAAUUUUAGAAGCAGCCAAAGCCAUAGGAUUGAUUACAGGAUUAGUGGUAACUAGUAGAAUAACUCAUGCUACACCCGCAUCAUUUUCAGCACACGUGGUAUCAAGAGAAAUGGAAGAUGUUAUAGCAUCACAACAAAUUGGAAAUUAUCCAUUAGGCAAACAAGUUGAUUUAAUGUUUGGAGGAGGAAAAUGUUUUUUCUUACCUAAUACAUCAAGUGAAAGUUGUCGACCUGAUCAAAGAAAUUUAUUACAAGAAGCAGAAGAGGAAGGAUUUAAAAAUUUACUUACUCGGAAUGAAUUUGAUGCGCUUGAUACUUCUUCUGUAAAACGUAAUUGA